CCUUCAUUUCUCAAAAGCUAAUUUCACAGGCGGUUACUUGGAUUUGGACUCGCUGAGAAAAAUUCAUUCUUCAUUCUUUCUGACAAGGAUUAAACAGACCGAGGGCCUUGGAUUCCCUGUAUCACUUUUUUACUUCCUAAGUGGAUCGGUGUCAGUGUCAUCCAAGAUGGAGUGAAGAUGAGAGGACGAGAGCAGAGCCAUGGCUUCGUCCCAGACAACAGGAGAGACGGAGCGGCCAGUUUCACAGGGAGGAAGCCGACAGGAGAGGGAUGCAGUAGAGGAUGGCACUGAAUCUGGUGCCCUUGAGUUGGUCUCUGUCACAGAGGAGGAUCUUCCUGUUGUCGAGACGCCCACCACAUUUAACGUGAGCUCCUUCAGCAGUCAAAACAGCCAUUCGAGUCACUUCUACGACCCAGACUCGCAGGACCCUCACGUCCCCGUUGAGCUGCCCGCCGUAGCGUCGGCUCCACUGCCUGUGUAUAAAGUCCAUAACAUUCAGAUCCCACCCAGCCCAGGUGUGCCCGUUAUCAAGGUCCAGCCCUUCUUGAAUGGAGAAAGACUGUCAGACUUGAAGUCUUUGUGUUGGCCGUAUGUGUCUCGCAGAUUGCUGGCUCUGCUCAUCAUCUUGGGCUUGCUUAUAGUCUUGAUUCUAAUUCUAGGAAUUGGUUUGGGAGUGGGUCUGAAGAGUUGCUCAGGAAAGUUUCGCUGUUUGUCAUCAGUUCAGUGUAUAAGCAGAAAUGCUGUGUGUGAUGGAGUUGAGGACUGUGGAAAUGGAGAAGAUGAGCUUAACUGUGUGCGUGUGAGUGGCAGGAGCUCUGUGCUCCAAGUGUUCAGUAGGGGCUCAUGGAGGACUGUGUGCUCUGAAGGCUGGGAUUCUCACUUGGGCUCUGUAGCCUGCAGACAACUGGGAUAUAACAGUUACGUGAGCUCUACUGAUGUUCCCAUCUCCUCCAUUGAAGCAGUGUUUCAGAACAAUAUAGUGGCUCUUAAUAUCAACCAAACAGGACUUCAAGACAACUUCAAGAUCCAAAACUCUUCAUACCUCAGAAAGACUCAGUGCAGUUCUGGUACAGUGACUGCUGUCAAGUGUAUAGAGUGUGGCUCCAGGCCAGCUGUCCGCAGUCGUAUUGUAGGAGGGAGUGUGUCAGGACCUGGGUUUGUCCCGUGGCAGGUCAGCCUACAUUACCAGAACCAGCAUCUGUGUGGAGGAUCAGUCAUCAGUGAGCGCUGGAUUCUGACUGCUGCACACUGUGUGUAUGGCUUUUCUCAGCCAGUGUUAUGGACCGUGUAUGCUGGGAUAACGGACCAGCCAUUGAGUGGAUCUGGAGCCCUCUCAGUGGAGAAAAUCAUCUACCAUGCCAACUACAGGCCAGGAGGACAAAGCUACAACAUAGCGCUGAUAAAACUUAAACUACCUCUGUCUUUCAGUGACCAAGUAGUACCCAUCUGUUUGCCCAGUUAUGGCAAGAGCUUUGAGGAUGGACAGAUGUGUUUAAUCUCAGGCUGGGGAGCCACAGUGGAUGGUGGAGAGGCCAGUGUGUCCCUACAUACCGCUCAGGUCCCGUUACUUUCGAGCACAGACUGCCGCAGACAGGGUCUGACCUCCUGGAACAUCUGUACAGGAUUUUCAGAGGGUAGUGCUGGAACAUGUCAGGGGGACAGCGGAGGGCCGCUGGCCUGUCAGGGCUCUGGGUGGACAUUGGUGGGGGUAGCCAGCUGGGCUGAGAGCUGUGGACAAAAAAGCAAACCAGGAAUUUACACCAGCACAAGUGAAGCUCUCACAUGGAUUCAGCAACAAAUGGAGAAAGAAGAGGAUCAGCGACGUUAAGCAUGUCCCAGUGGAAGAGCUCUAUUUCCAUGCAUAACAUCUGGCAUUACCUUAUCCAACAUGUCAUAGUAACAUGCGUGUGUGUGUCAGACACAUACAAACACACACAAAUUAUUCUAUAAUUUUGGAUACAAUUCAUGUCAGAAAAAAUAAAUUAAGUAAUGACUAUAAGUCACUGAAGAUCAAAUAUAGAAAAUAUUUAAGGACAUUUACCAUAAUGUGUUCAUUUGUUUAUUUUUCUUAGGUAUAAAUACAAAUAUAUAUAUAUAUAUAUAUAUAGAUAAUCUUGAUUUUUAUACAUUAUUUUGAACUCACUCAAGAUCCACUCAAUUCAAAAAGUGGACUUUGCAAAAACUGUCAUUUAUGGGAUAUAAAUGCAAAAAUAAGGUGUAUGUAAUGUGGUGAAAGCUGAUUGAAAAACAGGGUGUGCUAUAUAUAUAUCUGAGAUUAUACUAUGUAUUCUCAUAAUGGAAAAUAUGAUAUUUCUUAAGAAAAUUGUACACUAAAUUAUUGAAUGAUCCAUAUACUUAAAUAUAAUUCCUGUUAAUUCUUUUGACCAGAAUAAAAAUCAGUAAAAAAAAAAACAUUUUUUU